UUGUUGUUACUAAUAAACUGACAGACUGGGUUGUUGUUGUCGUUGCUCUUGCAGUUGUUGUGUCUCCUGAGCUUCUGGUUGCUGCUGCGUCAGGCGCUGACUGAGAAGAAAGACAGACAAGAAGACCGGCAACUGUCUACCAUCACUGUCCACAUGGAAGCGGAGCAGAGGACAGACAAAGAUCUGCUGGAAAUAAAGGGGGAGGUGUCCUACGAGAAGAUACUGCCCCUGCAGACAGGAGGAGGAGUUAAGAUGGAGGCUUUGGCUGCUGUGGUUACCAAGAUGUUUGUUAAAUACUGGAUCUACGUCUGUGGAAUGAUGUUCUUCUUUGUUAGUUUUGAGGGUAAAAUUGUCCUCUACAAAGUCAUCUACAUGGUCAUGUUCCUCUGCUGCGUCGCCCUCUACCAGUUGAACUACGAGCGUUGGCGUGCCUUGCUCAGGGGUUUCUGGGUAGCUGUGGUGGUUUACUCCAUGCUGGUUCUCAUCCUGGUCUACACCUUCCAGUUCCCCUCGUCCCCCUACACCUGGAGCUACUACACUGGACUCAGCACUCACAGGCUGGAGGAUGUUGGCUUGGAGAAGUUCUCAGUUCCUGUUCUCUUUACUAAGAUCUUCAUCCCUGCUGCGUUCCUAUUGGUGUGCAUCGUACACCUGCAUUACUUCCACGAGCCGUUCCUGCAGCUGACCGACCUGAAGACUGUGGUGGACACUCACAACAGCACCAUCACCAGAUUGGUCCACUCUGAUGGCAGCCUGUUCGACCUGUCGGUCGGUGGAACUAGUCAGUUGCUCCAGGAGGAAGAGAAGAUAGGAGGACAGGGGGAGAGAGAGGAAGAGACAGAGGAGAAGGAAGAGGAAUACCCCUGUGUGUUUGAGAAGGAAACCCUGUCUGACCAUAUAGCAGUGCUGGUCUCCUGGAGGUUGGUGGUGGAUCGUCUCUCUGUUUUGUUCCUCCGCCUGCUCCUGUCUCUGCAGCGACUGCAGCACCUCCUCUGGUGGCUCCUAGAACUACACAUCAUCAAGAUAGUCUCCUCCUACAUCAUCUGGGUCUCUGUGAAGGAGGUUUGUGUAUUUAACCUGGUGUUUGUGCUGUAUGUGGGCGUCGCAUUGCCCUGCAGGGCAUGGCGCCCCCUGCUCUCAGGCGUCUGUACAGUUUGGAUCUGUGUGGUGACCGUCUGUAAGAUGUUGUACCAACUUAGCGUCGUCCAGCCAAGCCGAUACUCCUCCAAUUGCACCGUGGUAAGAAUGGCGACAAUAUCGCACCUGUCUGUCUCUCUGCCACUGUUAUAUCUGUCUGUCUGUCUUUCUCUAAGACAAGUCCAUCUAUCCAAGACAGCAGUUUAUAAAGACAGACACUCUGGGGCCCCCCUCAGCAAAAAUAAUGACCCCUCCCUACACCCCACGGGCAGAGGUGUAAAGUACAAAUACUUUGUUACUGCACUUAAGUAGUUUUUUCCAGAUUUGUACUUGAGUAUUUCAGGUUGUUUCAACUUUUACUUUCACUUCACCAAAUAACUCCGAUACAUUCUGCACGAGACCUCGUUACUCAGCCCCCAAAAAAGAGAGAAAAGCCUGCAGCCACCUGAGUGGAGCAGUGGAAUAAAUAUAUGGACUGGGCGCUAAGCAGCUGAUGCGACUCCGGCAUGCGCAGUGAUAUUAACAUUGACAUUUUUACUGCAAAGGAGACAUUGACUUACAUCAGUUCCCUUGAUAGCCUUGACAGCCUUGAUAUGCUGCUUCAAGUUUGGAGUGUUUUUUCCAAAAAUCUUCUAACCACAUCAGUGUGCGAACUCUACAUAGCUUUUGGGGAGCUCAGUUUUAAAUGUCAAAGUUUUACAGUUUAGAAGCGAGUGAAGUUUAAAGGUCAGGAGUCACGGAGCCAUUCUACCUUAUUUAGAUACGGCAGGAUGGGGGGGCAGAGUCCACCAGGCUGCAGGCCGGACCACCAGGAUACUCACAGCCAAAUAACAGGGUCCUCAGCAGACCAGGAAAACAGGCUGCAGAUGUGGAUAAGAAGGGCAGCAGAGAUCUGAUCCAAAUGUGCAUUAACUGUUGGAUAUUCCACUUAGCUAGCAAAAGUUUUUAUUAAGAGAAAGGACAUCAUGAGUUUGCAGUUACGUAUUAAAAAGGGCAGUGCCAAGCUUUCUAAAUAAAAACAAGAAUAACAGAAACUA